AUGUCACCCGAGUCCAACUCGUACCACUAUUCAUUGAUACAAUUCAUCGAUGUCAUGAGACAAACAGUUCGUACCGAUGGUAUGCCGGCAGGGGGAUUGGGGCUUCCUGAUGUGGGAGUAUACUGUACCUUUGAAGUGAUGACGCAACAGAAAGGGCCUCGGUGGGUUGGUUUCUUGAUGGGCUGUGCGAUUGGCGGCAUGACGGGGGUAUACCUGUCACAGAAUCAUCAGGUACCAAACAUCAGACAAGCGUACGACGAAUUCAUGGACAAGAUCAAUGCUUCAGCGGGCAGGCACAGCAACAAAUAA